AAGAUGCAGCUCUACUUUCGACAAAUUGGCCUCUUGAAGCUCAUGAUUGGAAUGGAGCCAAGGCCAAAGGAAAUGGCAGAGCAAGCGGACUGGGAUGAACGUUCAUCUGCUGGAGAUGUCUUCAGAUCCAUGUGGCAGAUCCCUGCACUGAUAUGGGAAUCAACAAAGAAGGAGUUGGGAGAAGUAAAGGCGGGUUCUGGAGUCCAGGAGGAGUGUAAUGCAGGUCCUUCCCUUUCAUCCUUCCCUUCCUACCCCACCUUCCAACUGUGCUUCAAUGCCUUUUCUAUUAUGCCUCUGAUCUUCCUUGGACCCUCUAGGGAUGAGCCUAGAGUGUUUGGCCUUGACAAGUUCAACGGUGACAACUUUGCUGAGUGGUCCUUCAAGAUGGAGAACAUCUUUGACCAUUAUGAUCUGCUGGAGGUGAUGGAAGGAACGGAGAAGCACCCCGAGAACGACCCGGAGAAGAGCCCGUGGGAUUUCUCAACUUGGCUGAAGAAGCAGGGCAUAAGGCACUCUCUUACCAUGCCCUACUCUCCUGCAAUGAACGGCAUUGCCGAGCGUGCGAAUCGGACACUCACGGAGACGGCUCGGGGACUUCUCAUUGAAGCCGGUCUUCCCAAUUACUUUUGGCCGGAUGCGGUGCGGCAUGCUUGUGUGGCCAAGAACAGAGCCUUGACUCAUAUGCCGGGGGAGCCUACAAAUCCCAAGGAGGCUUGGGAGGGCCCCAAUGGGAAGGAGUGGAAGAAGGCCUCAGAUGAAGAAAUGGGGAGCAUCAUCGAGAACGACACGCUUGACUUGGUGAACCUACCUCCGGGGCGUAAGGCGAUCUCUUCCAAGUGGCUCUUCAAGCGCAAGACCGACGCCGACGGCAACAUCGAGCGCUACAAGAGCAGACUUAGGCUGGGAACCAUCUCCCUCUCGAACUCUUCUUGCUAAGUUUGUACUCCUAAGACUAUUGUGGCUGCUAUACCUCCUGCCAGUCA